AGUGCCAGUAUAGCAAUGAAGGUUCCGGUGUUCCAAUUAAGUUGUCUGUUGUGCCUGAUCGUGUGUCUCCUGUGCUCAGUCAAGGCACAAAAGGACGAUCAAUACGACACUGAAAAGAGCAGGAUACUCGAAAUAUAUAAUAAUCCGGCAGUAGAUGAAUUUACGAAGGAAAGGAAUAUUCCAAAACUAAUCGAAUUUUAUAGGCGCUAUCCCGCUCGCAUUCAGCUGCCCGAUGCCGAUAAGAGACAAUGGGAUGAGUUCGUUGCCAGAUAUACCGAGUCCCAGACUAAGUUGGUGGAUGGACUUCCGGCUCAAGGAGGAUGGGUUGGAUCCGUUCUGUCCAGUACGGUCGGCAACUUGAUAGCCAAGUUCAUCUUUAGUCUCAUCAGAUACGAUCCAACGACACCUAAGCCAACUGGGGCACACUGAAAAAUAUAAUAAAUAUUCGCCCAUAUUCCUCUCUUAUAAUGAGGUCUCUCUCAUAACGAAGGAAUUCAAAAAUACUCAAUAUAUUAUUUUAUGAAAACCUGAUAUAAUCGAAUUGUUUUUAAAAAAAUAAAGGAAUGAUAUGCAAAAUA